AUGAAACCUGAAGAUAUGUUUGUAAUGGAUUUGAAAACAAAAGAAUAUGUCCGCAAACCGCAAUCAUAUAAACCAUCAGCAUGCACUCCACUGUUCUUAGCAGCCUAUACAAUGCGAAAUGCUGGUGCCUGUAUUCAUACACAUUCACAGUCGGCGGUAAUGGCAACUCUUUUAUAUGACAAAGAAUUCCGCAUUGCUAAUAUCGAGCAGAUCAAGGGUAUUCCAAAGGUUGUCGAAGCCGGCAAUCUAAGCUUUUUUGACACUUUGGUCAUUCCUAUUAUAGAAAAUACAGCCGAGGAAGAAGAUUUGACUCCUGAUUUGUCUAAAGCUCUAGUUGAAUAUCCUGGUGCAACUGCUGUAUUGGUACGUCGACAUGGUAUUUACGUUUGGGGACCAACUGUAACCAAGGCCAAAAUUAUUAAUGAAUGUAUUCACUAUCUCCUUGAUCUGGCUAUUGAGAUGAGAAAAUUCAACAUUGACCCUGCUGGAACAAUUGGCUCUGAGAAACACGCUCACAAAUAG